UGAGAUGAUCAAUAAAUGGUUUGUUUAUGUAUUACAAUAAUCAUAGCACUUUUUGUCGAAAUAAAUACAACGAUACUCUCGGAUUCAUUAUUCAGUGUGAUUAGUUGAGUUGUUGAAGCAGACAACGGAUCCACUAUAAAUUUAUUCUCAGUGUUUAAUAACAAAUAAAUAAAUAUAAUGGCUGACCACAAAGAAGAAGUUGUAAUAUCGGGCAUCGGAGGAUUGUUUCCAGAAAGUGAUAAUAUAACCGAGUUGAGCGAUUUGCUGUUUAACAAAAUGAACGGAGUAACAAUCGAUUCAAGGAGAUGGAAACCAAAUAAUAAUCUGGGUGCGAUAAAUGGAACUGGAAAAAUAAAAAACAUUGACAAAUUUGAUGCGACAUUUUUCAGCGUUCAUCCAAAACUUUGUAGUGUUAUGGACUUAUUGACAAAAAUGCUUUUAGAAAGAUCAAUUGAAGCAAUUAUUGAUGCCGGUCUAAGUCCAUCAGACUUACAUGGAACAAAUACUGCGGUAUUUAUGGGAUCUGCAAUUAGUGAAACGGAAAUGGCAUGUAUGGAUGCCUCUUCAAGCGUAUCAUUUUCAAUGUUAGGUCGUAGUAGAACAAUGCAAGCAAAUCGGCUUUCUUUUAUUCUGAACUUAAACGGACCUAGUUUUUCCAUGGACGGAGGUUGGAUAUGCGGUUCCAAUGGUUUGAAAAAAGCGAAAGAAAUGAUUGAAAAUGGUUUCAUAUCAUCUGCAUUAGUUGGGGUUGCUAAUUUGACUCUUCGACCAGAAUUACAAUUUGUUCAUCAAGGCUUGAAUAAAUUAAACAAAGGCGAUCAAACAAAACCAUUCAGUUCUGACGCUGAUGGAUACAACAGAUCAGAAGCUUGUAUUGUUUUUUAUCUUCAAAAAGCUUCUGAAGCCAAACGUUCAUACGGAACAUUGGUGAAUGUAAAAUCUGUGCAGUUUGGUAAUAAUUUUGGAAACAUAACCGAACACAAUGAAAAUCACUUUAAAUCGUUACUGUUAGAUUCUUACAAAGAAGCUAACAUUGAUCCUGCUUCAAUUGAUUACAUAGAAGCUUACGGAUCUGGAAUUAAGAAUGAAGAUGCUAUGGAAUUAAAUAUUAUGGAAGAAGUUUUUUGCACUGAAAGUAGAAAAAAACCUUUAAAAGUGGGUUCAGUAAAGAGUAACAUGGGUCACUGUGAAGUGUCUGGUCUCUUCAUGUCAAUUGUAAAAGCCAUUAUUACGUUAGAAAGUGGAUACAUACCACCUAACAUAAAUUACACAGAACCAAAUAACAAUAUAAACGCGUUAAAAAACGGAAAAAUUCAAGUUAUCACUGAAAAAACUCCUUUUACUGGUGACAUAAUUGGAAUCAGUUCAUUUGGAAUUAUAAAUGCUUUUAGUCAUGUAAUUCUUAAAAAAAAUAAUAUCGUUAAUAAUAACAUGAUGAACGUUCACGACUCUAACAAUAUUCCACGUUUACUAUUUGUAUCAGGGCGUACUGAGGAAAACGUUAGAGGGGCAUUAAACAUGAUUAAAAAACGAGGAAACAAUGCAGAGUUUGUAACACUGACUAACGACGUGUUCACUAACAAUAUCUUUGCCCAUUUCUUUAGAAGUUAUACCAUUUUCCCUGCUCUGGAUGAAUCAAGAAUAGAUGAUACCUGGAAUAUUAGUUCAACAAAACGUCCGAUCUGGUUUAUAUUCUCUGGAAUGGGGUCACAAUGGCAUGGAAUGGGAGCAGAUCUUAUGAAACUUCCAAUUUUCGCCAAUGCUAUAAAUAAAUGUGAUAAUGUACUAAAGCCACUAGGAGUCGACAUCAAAUACAUAAUAACCAGCCAAGAUCCAAAAAUAUUUGAUAAUAUACUUAAUUCUUUCGUUGGAAUCGCUGCCGUUCAGAUCGGAUUAGUAGACGUUUUGAAAGCAUUAGACAUAGUACCUGAUGGAAUUAUAGGUCAUUCAGUCGGAGAAUUGGGGUGUGCUUACGCAGAUGGUUGUUUUACAGCUGAAGAAAUGAUAUUAUCUGCUUACGCCCGAGGUCGAGCUUCCGUAGAAACAGAACUUAUCCCUGGAAUGAUGGCCGCCAUUGGACUUGGAUAUGACCAAAUCAAAGGGAAACUUCCACAUGACAUUGAUGUCGCUUGUCGUAAUAGUUCCACUAGUUGUACAAUUUCAGGUCCAGUUGAUAGUAUCAAUAAGUUCGUUUCAGAAUUAAAAUCCGAAGGUAUCUUUGCAAAAGCCGUCAACGUUGCUGGCAUAGCAUUUCACAGUAGAUAUAUUCAAACCGCUGGAUCGACUCUGCUUAAAUAUUUGAAAGAAGUAAUUAAAGUACCAAAAAAAAGGUCUUUAAAAUGGGUUAGUAGUUCAUUGAUGGAAACAGAAUGGGAAACUGACCUCGCAAAAUAUUCUUCACCAGAAUAUCAUACAAACAAUCUACUAAGUAGUGUAUUAUUUGAAAACGUUCUAAAAUACGUUCCGAAUGACGCGAUUGCUAUUGAAAUUGCUCCUCAUGGUCUCCUUCAAGCAAUUAUAAAAAAAGCAUUACCUGACACAGUUACCAACAUACCACUUACAAAAAAAAUGUAUGGAGAUUCAAUUCGAUUCUUACUUGCUUCUAUUGGAAAAAUGUACACUAAUGGAUUAAAUCCAAAAAUAAAAGAACUUUAUCCAAAAAUAACAUUCCCUGUAAGUCGUGGAACACCUUCAAUUUAUGGUUUACCAUUUUGGGAUCAUACUGAAAAGUGGACUGAUGGACUAAAUGACUUUAUGGACGCGCAAUCUGGCGAAAACAUAUCUUUAUUACUACUUCAUGAUAAUAUACAUUUAACUAAAUAUCAAAUCCAUGGUCAGCAUAUAAUUCCAUUUUCGUUUAUAUUAUUUAAUGUUUGGAAGACAUUUAUUCAAAUAAGCUGUGAUAGUUUGUACGAAAAAUCGAUUCAAUUUAAAAAUCUUCGAUUCAAAAAUAAUGUAAAAAUACAUACAACUGAAUCUUCUGAAAGCUAUAUAAUGAUUCAAUUGGGAUCUGGUACUUUCGAGUGCAAUAUUGAUAAUGAGUCCGUUUUAUCAGGCGAAAUAAGAUUUUUAAGUGAUACAGUCUUGGAUUCUACAAAAGAAAAAUCAAUAUACUUAAACAAAACAUCAGAACACUUUCAAGGCUAUAUAUCGGAAAAUGAGAUAUAUUCUACUUUGAAAAAUAAAGGAUUCAAUUUAGGAGAAGACUAUAACAACAUUACAAAUUAUGAAAUUUAUAAAAAUAGUAUCCAAUGUUCCAUAAAAUGGAGAAACGAUUGGAUUUAUUUUUUGGAAGGGUUAAUUAAGUUUCCAUUUUUAGAAGAUUUAGGUACAGAUCCCAUAAAAAUGCCAGUGUAUAUAAGAGAAUUGUGUGUAAACCCUGCAUUAUUUAAAAACAUUUCAGAAAAAGAUAUAAGCGUAAAUUACAACAAACUAACUAAUGAAGUGACUUGUGAUGGAAUUAAAAUAUUUGGUAUGAAAAGUGAACCCAUAUCAUUACCCAAGCUUAAGUUUUCAGAAGUCAAAUUACAAGAAAAAUCAUUUACUAAAUUCAACUAUUUAAAAUGCAAAAAUAUUAGCGACUUUGUUAAAGAUUCUAUGGAUAUAAUAAUGGAGGCUGAUAAAUUAAAUUUUGAUACAAGUGGAAAAAUUAUUCUUAGUACUCCAUAUCAUUACGACGAUCCAAUAGCUAAAGCAUGUACAAAUGAAAUUAAACAAAUUAUUAAAAACCAAUUAUCUAUAAAUAGUAUAAUCAUAAACUGGGACAACAUUAAGGACGAAUCAGAUUUUGAUGAAUCUGGACGGUUUAUCACUGUAACUAAUGUAAACUACUUGCAAGAUACAACAAGAGCUUUAGUAAAUAAAAAAAAUAGUUUCAUAGUUGUUUGUUCAUUAAAAAAACUUCAAGAACUUAAAGACUGGAAAAUAAUCAUACAACAAGAAUUCAACAAUAACAGCUGUUUGACAUUGAUGAAAAAGAUGGUCAGUUUAGAAGAAAAUAGUAUAUUUAUUGAACCAAUCAAUGAUAAUUAUGACUUGAGCAUUUGGAGAGCACUGGAGAUGUAUAAUUCACCAACGGGCAAGAUUUAUAUAAUCUCAAAGUCUGAACCAUUAGGAGACAUUAUCACUUAUGUUAAAGACAUUCUACAAAAGUAUAAAUCAAAGAAAUUGAGAUUCUUGUUUAUUUUGGAUUCAAACGCACCAGAUUUUAACUCUAAUCAAACAUUUUAUGCAAAUCAACUAUCAAAAGAUUUAAUAGUAAACAUUUAUAAAAAUGGUGGUUGGGGUUCUUAUAAAAGAACUGUUCUUCAAGAUUUAAAAGAUGAUAUAAAGGUCAAUAAAAAUUUGGUGUUUAAAAAUUUUACCACAAAUACUCAAAACAAAUUAACAGUAAAAUAUCUAGGGUUGAAUUUCAAAGAUUUAGUUGUUGAAGAAAGCAGCGAAAACAAAUUUGGACCUUUGGAAUACUCAGGGCAUAUUGACAAUAAAACCAUUAUGGGAAUUACUUCGUUCGAUGAAAUAUCUUCUCAAAUGGUUUAUGACCCAAUAUUAUCAUGGCCUAUACCAUCGACAUGGUCACUAGAAGAAGCAACAACUGUUCCUCUAGCAUACGCCAUGAGCUAUUAUAUUUUUAACGUCUUAUGUAAACUUCGAAAGGAUAAUUCUAUUUUAGUAACCUCAGGAUUGCAUCCAAUAGGUCAAGCUGCAAUUGCAAUAAGUUUAGGUAUGAAAUGUGAGACUUAUGUUAUUGUUGAUUCAGACCUACAAGCAGAUCAAUUAUGUGGAAUUUUUCCGGAGCUUUUGCGAUCAAGAAUAUUUAUAAACACUAACAACAAAUUUGAUGUUCAACUAAAAAUGAUAACCAAAUCAAAAGGAAUAGAUUUUAUAUUGAACUUUUUGAGUGGUGAAUCAUUUGAAGCUGCUUUUCGAGCAAUAGCUAUGCAUGGAAGUUUUUUUAAUUUUUCAAAGUCAGAUAUGAAAAAUCAAAAAUACUUAAGAACGCGAAUAUUCUUGCAAAACACAUCGUUUUUCGCUGUUGGUUCAAAUAAUUUGUUAAAAGAAAGUGCGGAAAAUAAACAAAUUGUAAAACAAGCAUUCAUGGCUGGAUUGAGCCAAGGCGUGAUAAAAACUUUCCCUAGUCAUGUGUUAACUACAUCAUUGAGUGAUAGUAGUAUGUUUGACAUGAUGAGAAAUAACGCUGCAUCGAUUAAUUCUAAAAAAAUGGUAUUAUCAAUAAAUGAUUAUAUAAAUAAUGACAAUAGUUCUAAGUUGAAAGAAAAACCACUUGAAUGUAACAUGUAUGAAUGUCAUCCAGAUAAACUUUACCUAAUAGUUGCUGGAAAUAAAGGAGAUUGGCUAGACCUCGCUGAAUGGUUAGUUGACCGAGACGCUCAAAACAUUUUAGUCGUAGUCAAAAGGUGUUUAAUGUCAUCGACCAUGUGUAGAAAGUUUGAUAAACUCAUCUCUCGAAAUGUGUCUGUACAAAUUGAAUCAGAUGUACACUUAAAAACAAAAGAGGAAUCACUUAUUUGGUUAAAUAAUUUGACAUCAUCUAAAGUGUUAGGUGCAUUAUUUAUAGUUAACCAGUUUGAUGAUAAAAAAAUUAAUAAUUUACGAUAUUGUUUUGAAGAACAUAAAAAUAAAAUAACUGCUACUCCAUUUAUAUGUAUACUAAGUAAGGCAGAACACAUUUGUGCUGAACUUAAAUCAAAAGGUUUUAAUGCAUUGAAUAUAUCUUGGGAUGGACAGUCCUCAGAACCAAAAAAUACAGGAACAGUAAUGCCUUCCCUUGAUUUUCUACUACAAAAUUCAAACACUUUAGAGUCUUCUUCAUUUAUAUGCUCUGAGGAAAAGAAUAAAUCAAAAUGGUCACAACAAAUGAACGACGUUAUUAAAAAUGUUUUCCCGGAAUCCGUUAACGAAUUACAUCUUCUUAAUAAUAAAAUAACCGAAGAAGCCGGAUUUAUCGAAGUUGGUACAAGAAGUCCAAGAUUAUCACAAUUGAAAUCUGUAAUACCUGUGUUCGUUAUACCUGGACUGAAACCAAAAUGCAUCGAAUCAUUUUACAAACAAUUUUCCUAUCCCACUUUUGAAGCUCAAUAUCCCGAAGAAAUUAUAUCAAUCGAUAGUUUAGCCGAAACUCUAGUGAAUAAGCUUAAAAGUAUUUCGAAUCGAGAUUACGUAUCCAUUAUUGGGGAAUCUUUUGGUGGAAUUAUUGCACUAAAAAUGGCUCAAAUUUUGGAAUCACAAGGAAUACUAGUUACAGUAGCGUUAUUAGAAGCCGAUCCAGAGUUUUUGACUGAAUGGGCUGAACGAUUCCUGUCAAAUGAUAAUUUUGCCAACAAGUUAAAUAAAAUGUAUAGUUCAUUCUUCAGUGAGAUUUCUAAAUCUACAGUUCAAACGCGUGACAAUGAAUUCCAAUCGAUAAACAUGUCAUUUCAUCAAAAAAUAUUUGAAGAAAAUACACGCAGAGCUUUAAAUCUUAUUUGGUUUUUAUUACGAAAAUCAUUAGAGUCUAAGCCACUGCCAAAUAAAUUGCAUACGAGAGUGUUGGUUUUUAGAUAUGAAAGAAAGUUUGAAUUUAAUAUACCCAAAUUAAACGAUUAUUGUUUUAACCUGCCAUUUGUAUACGUCAUACCCAAGCCAGAUUAUAAAAGUAUGUUGGAGGACAAGAAAAUGAUUGAAGUCAUAACAAAGAACGUAGUACUAUCGUAUCCAAUUGGAAUAGAAUUAUCGUUGAGUGAUAAAUAUAAGAAUUUCUAUUUUAACAUUGAAAAAUAUUUAUCGAUUCAUAAAUCAUAAGAUAGAUUUCAUUUGUUAGUAUUAACUUUAAUAAAUAAAUAUAUAUAUAAUAUAUAUGUGUGUCAAUUGUAAAUGGAAUAAAUAAAAGGAUUGUGUUAUAUAUUAAACAGU